UCGUAUCCUAUACUUCAGGAAACGUACAUCAUCUCUUUCUCUGUCUGGCAAAAUCUCCAUCGUUACUUUCUCACUCUGGCGAAUAUAUCGCAAUCGCAAGAAGCUUGAUCUUGAACCCACGUCUGGUUGGGAAAACCAGGUCCACCCUCUCUCUCUCUCUUCUCUCUCUCUUUCACACAGAAGAAGAAGAGGAGGAAGAAGAAGAAGACCUGCUUCGCCCAUAAGCUUGCUAUUCUCUAUAGAAGAAGAUUCAGCGCCUUCUUCAAAAGUCCACUUUGGUAAUCAUCUUUGCCAUCUUCUUACUGAACCCUUUCCUUCGAAUCCCUAUUUGGUGAAGAAUCAUGGAGAUAUCAGCCUUAUGUAUGGCUGAUAUGAGGUUGUGACCAAUGCCUUUUUGACUGGGAGCCCUGCUUUUGGAAGUUACAGUAUCAGCCACAAGUUCUAGUUCGAAAAUUUGCAUAUUUAUAGAGUCGUGUGUAGAUAUUUGGUGAUGGCAGAGAGAGCAUGUGUUAAGCGCCUCCAAAAGGAAUAUAGAGCACUUCGUAAGGAACCAGUCUCACAUGUUGUAGCACAUCCUUCUCAAAGUGACAUCCUUGAAUGGCAUUAUGUAUUUGAGGGAAGUGAGGGCACACCUUUUGCAGGUGGGGUGUAUCAUGGGAAACUUAAGUUUCCUCCUGAAUAUCCAUUCAAACCCCCUAGCAUCAGCAUGAUUACUCCCAAUGGGCGAUUUGCCACACAGAAGAGAAUCUGCAUGUCCAUGAGCGACUUUCAUCCUGAAACUUGGAAUCCCAUGUGGUCUGUUGCGAGCAUACUUACAGGGCUUCUCUCAUUCAUGAUGGACAAUAGUCCAACCACUGGCAGUGUCUCAACCACUGUUGCCGAGAAGCAACGAUUGGCACAGGCUUCUCUUGCUUACAACUGCAAGAAUCCGGUGUUUCGAAAGAUGUUUCCAGAGUAUGUAGAGAAGUAUAAUGAGCUACAAAAUGCUGAGAAAUCGAAUCUGGAGAGAGCAGCAGGGGAUGAUCAGGCCCAUACUCCUGAUGCUGCUGCUCGAACCAAGGUUGAAAACCGGGAAGAUGAAGCAGGGGCAGUUCCAGAAUUUAGAAAAAGGAGGCAGUCGAGGAAAUUCCCUUUCUGGGUUUUGUUGUUACUUCUCUCUGUUUUUGGUGGUGUUAUGGCUUUGCCAUUGCUUAGCCUCGAGUUCAGCGGCCUCUGAACCCAAAGCAACUCUGUCUCGCUCUUAAGGUCUGUAAAUUGACUUGUGACCUUUUGACUUGCUGGUUUUGGGCAAUGGGCAACUUGCAAUUGAAACUUGUAUAGGAGGAUUUUGUAGCGGACUCAUGAAUGAGUGGAUUGGCAUUUUGGUUUUUUUUAGUCUUGGAAUAUUAAGUAUUCAAUAUUUUUUUUGAAGUUCAAGAUUCUUGGAAAGUUUUGGUAAAAUUUUAUGUUGGCUGUUUAGCUAACACAACUCACUUCCUUUACCCAGGCUUGGGACGGGUUAAGAUAAA